UCUGGCAAUUCUCGGGGAGUGGAAGAAAACGACGUAGUUUUAAGUGGCACUAUCACUUCUCUAUAUGAAUGUAGAGUUUGCCUGUACCCGGAACGAGUCUCUGUUGACUUAGAACAGAAAAUGUAUGCCAUCAAGCCAAUCCCUCUUUUCAAGACUGAGUUCUUUGGCGCCACCGUAAGGAACGUUCCGGCGAACUACGGUGGUGGAGAGAAUGAGUUUAUGCAGGGAAGUUAUCGGGUCGGGUCACGGGUGAAGGGAGCCGGGUCUAUCCGGGCUGUGAUCAGCAGGGAAGACCCAAUUGUGGAGUCUAAACAAUCUUUGGAAGCAAAGGAAGUUAGUGGAUCAGUGGCGUCUUGUUCGUCCAACGUGAAAAGAGGGAUUGAUGUGAGGGCGGUUGUGACCAUAAGGAGGAAGAUGAAAGAGAAGGUGACAGAGAAGAUUGAGCAUCAAUGGGAGCUUUUCAUGAAUGGAAUUGGUCAAGGGAUCUUGAUUCGAAUCAUCAGUGAAGAAGUUGAUCCCGUUACCAAGUCGGGAAAGAGUGUAGAGUCUAGUGUAAGGGGAUGGCUGGAGAAGCCAUCUGAACAUGAACACAUUAUAGAAUAUGCAGCUGAUUUCAGUGUUCCAUUUGAUUUUGGACAACCAGGAGCAGUUCUCAUCACCAAUCUCCAUGGCAAAGAGUUCUACUUGUUGGAAAUUGUGAUUCAUGGUUUCCAACAAGGACCCAUUUUCUUUCCUGCCAAUACUUGGAUCCAUUCACGGAAACACAAUCCAGAAAGUAGAAUUAUCUUCAGAAAUCAAGCAUACUUGCCAUCACAAACACCAGCGGGCCUUAAAGAUCUCAGACGUGAAGACUUGCUGAGCAUCCGGGGUAAUGGCAAAGGCGAGAGAAAGGCUCAUGAUAGAAUUUAUGAUUACGCUCCGUAUAACGAUUUGGGUAAUCCCGACAAAGACGAAGAUCUUCUCAGGCCAGUAAUGGGUGGGGAGCGAAGGCCUUAUCCAAGGCGCUGUAGAACCGGCCGACCGCCUACCAAAACAUAUCCAGAAUUUGAGAGUAGAAUCGAGAAACCCCACCCAGUAUAUGUACCUCGGGACGAGACUUUUGAGGAAAUCAAGCAGAACAGUUUCUCUGCAGGGAGAUUAAAAGCUCUGCUUCACAAUCUUAUUCCCUCCCUGGCCGCUGCCUUGUCCAGUUCUGAUAUACCCUUCACCUGCUUUUCUGAUAUCGACAAGCUUUACAGCGACGGUGUUGUGUUGAAAGAUGAGGAGAAGCGAGAAGUGGUUGCUAAUACAUUCCCGGGUAAUAUGAUGAAACAACUUCUCACUGUCGGAGAAAGAUUAUUGAAGUACGAGGUCCCGGCUGUUAUAAGAAGGGACAGAUUUUCUUGGUUGAGAGACAACGAGUUUGCUAGACAGGCUCUGGCAGGGGUCAACCCAGUGAGCAUUGAGCUUCUCAGGGAACUUCCAAUUCUCAGCAAGCUGGAUCCCAGUGUCUAUGGCCCUCCUGAAUCUGCAAUUACAGAGGAAUUGAUAGAGCAAGAACUCCAUGGAAUGAGUGUAAAGAAGGCCAUGGAGGAUAAGAGAUUGUUCAUCCUAGAUUACCAUGACAUGCUUUUGCCAUUUAUCAAUAAGAUGAACGAUUUGCCCAAACGAAAAGCCUAUGCAUCUCGGACAGUUUUCUUCUAUACCAAGACUGGUAUCAGGCCAAUAAUUAUUGAGCUUUCACUUCCUCCCUCGCCUUAUUCAUCUCAGAAUAAAUUUAUUUACACUCACGGCCAUGAUGCCACUACACAUUGGAUUUGGAAGCAAGCAAAAGCUCAUGUUUGCUCAAAUGAUGCUGGUGUCCACCAAUUAGUAAAUCACUGGUUGAGGACUCAUGCCUGUAUGGAGCCUUACAUUAUUGCCACCCACAGACAGCUUAGUUCAAUGCAUCCUGUUUACAAGCUGCUUCAUCCUCAUAUGCGCUACACACUAGAAAUUAAUGCACUUGCACGCCAAAGUUUGAUAAACGGAGGUGGAAUAAUUGAGGCUUGCUUCAGCCCGGGCAAGUAUGCUAUGGAGCUCAGCUCUGCAGCUUAUGACAGCAUGUGGAGGUUCGACAUGGAGGCACUACCUGCAGAUCUUAUUCGUCGGGGCAUGGCGGUGGAGGAUCCUUCAAUGCCUUGUGGUAUAAAACUUGUGAUUGAAGAUUACCCUUAUGCAGCAGAUGGUCUUCUCAUCUGGUCUGCAAUUAAAGACUGGGUGGAGUCGUAUGUCGAACACUUCUAUGUGGAAGCAAACUCUGUGGAAACUGAUGUUGAGAUCCAAGCCUGGUGGAAUGAGAUCAAGAACAAAGGCCAUUACGAUAAGAGAAAAGAGCUCUGGUGGCCAAAGCUGGAGACGAGGGAGGACUUAUCCGGGAUCCUCACUACCAUGAUCUGGAUUGCAUCAGGUCAGCAUGCAGCCAUAAACUUUGGACAAUACCCUUUUGGAGGAUAUGUGCCAAACCGACCAACGCUGAUGAGAAAGCUAAUUCCACAAGAGGAGGAUCCUGACUACGAGAAAUUUAUCCUAAACCCACAAUGCACUUUUCUGUCCUCUUUGCCAACACAACUUCAGGCAACCAAAGUGAUGGCAGUUCAAGACACCCUGUCUACUCACUCCCCAGACGAAGAGUACCUGGGUCAAAUCAACCACCUGCAUACACAAUGGAUAAACGACCACAAAAUUCUAAAAUUGUUCGACCAAUUUUCGGCCAAAUUAAGCGAGGCAGAGGAGAUCAUUAACAGAAGAAACAAAGAUAUCCGCCUUAAGAACAGAAACGGAGCAGGAGUUCCUCCAUACGAACUCCUUCUGCCCUCCUCAGGUCCUGGUGUUACAGGUCGUGGAAUACCCAAUAGCAUCUCUAUCUAAUUCUCUCCUUGUUUAGGAUCUGGUAGUGGUUAGUGCAUACAGUUUUUUGAAAAUGUUUUACAAUAAUUAUCCUCAAUGAAUGUAAUAACGGAGCUGGGUUGGUAACAGUGAGUUGCAUUCUAUCUAUCCUACCGUAUCCUAUCCCAGAAACGUGUGCAAAUAGACAAGGGAAGAAAAUAGUUGUGACUUUGUUUUGAAUGGUUAAGAGCCUUCGCUCCAAUUGCGUGACCAGUGCUUGGGUAUAGAUUUGGUAUGGAAAA